AUGGUUGUUAUAACAAAUAAAACCAAUGAAAAUUAUCAAACAGCAAGAAUUAUUCAAUGGCUUGGUGGUGAACGAGCAGUUGAUGUACCCUGUGAUUUUGAUGUUACACUUCUAUCAAAAGAAAACUCUGUUGAUCAUGAAACUACUUCAUCUAAAGUAGAAUGUAUCGAAUUACUUCGUCUUUCACCAAACAACAAACAUGAUACUACAAAAUUCGAACGAGCCUGUUUACUUCGUCGUAGUAGCAUUCGUCUAAAUCGAUUAUCCCCCGAUGCACAAACAUCGGAUGAAGCUUAUUGUACUUUAUCGUCUAAUCGUAGUGUACAAAAUAAUCAUACAGAUGGUUUAAUGCGUAAGGGAUCAACGAGUGGUAGUAGUAGUAGUUUAUCAACCACAACACCUGCUUGCACAUCAUCACCAAUUCUACCGAUAUCAAUUGAUGAUAUUUAUAAAAUAUUAGAUCAAGCAACAAUGGAAAACACUUCAGCGAAAGAAAAUCUUGGACUUCUAUAUGAAAUUGCUCAACAAACUCGACAUUUAUUACCAUUGAUAACGAAUAAUCAAGAUCAUACAAUGGAAUUUUGCCGUGAAAUACUAAUCAAUAGACACAAUGGUGAAACAGAUUUUAAAGAUAUGAUUCAUGAAUUUAUUCAGUUGAUUGAACAAAAAUUAUCCGACACAGAAAAGACAUUAUUCGAUGCAAAUACAAUAAGACCUUCUUCGCCAUCACUAUUCGAUAUGCUCAAUGAUCUUAAAGCAUGUUUAACUUCAUUACGUCGAACAGAAUUGCAAAGUUUUCUAAAUGUAUUUGAUAGCAUUCUUAAACUUCGCUGUUAUUCGUCAGCAUUACCCGACCAUGAAGAAACAACAAUCAAGAAUCAAGAACACGAAAGUAUGGAAUCUAGAGAAGAACUAUUAAAAUUAUCUCAAUAUUCAAUUGAUGAAUUGAAAAUUGUUACAAUCGAAAAAAAUCAUCAACCAUUAGGCUUAACAAUAUCUCGUAGUGACUCAGGGACAAUCUACAUAGCGCGUAUUGUCGUCGGUGGUGUUGCAGCAACUACACAACUAUUUCAAGUAAACGAUCGCAUACUAGAAAUCAAUGACGAACCUAUGACAGGACAUUCACUUGAUUAUGUCUGUACGUUAAUAUCGAAUACAAUUGGUUUAAUUAAAUUUCUUCUUGCACCACCAAUUAAUGCUAAUCAUAUAUCAUAUCAUACGUUUCAUGUUCGAGCAUUGUUUACCUAUGAUCCAUUUAAUGAUCCUUUAAUACCAUGUAAAGAUAUUGGUCUAGCAUUUCAACGCGGUGACAUAUUACGUAUUGUUGCACGGGAUGAAACGAAAACAACAAACGAUUCAUAUGUUAGCUGGUGGCAAGCAUAUCGAGAAAAUUCAUUCGAGACAGACACCGAUCCAUGUCUAGCUGGUCUGAUACCAUCGGAUAGUCUACAACAAAAACGUGCUAAUCUACUUAAAGUUAUUUCUGACGAUACAGAAUCGAUUUCAUCAUCAUCGUCACUAUCAUUAUCUCAUGGUAAAAAGAAAGCACGUAAACAUUGUCUCACUUGUGUUAGCUCAAAACGAGAACGAAAACCAUUACAAACAGUUUAUAAUAAUGCUACAUUUAUUCAUGACGCUGAUGAUAAAGAAGCACCAACUAUAAAAACAUCCACGAAUCAUUUCUCCUUAACAGAUACAAGAAAAUAUGGUGAAGAACAGCCUGUGACAACGCUAAAACGACUUGCAGAUACAAAUCAAGAUUUAAUGAUGGAUUCAUUUCGAUUCUAUGAUUCUGUUUUUCGACUUGAUCUUUCGACGCAACAAAUGACGCGACCUAUCAUUUUAUUAGGUGCGCCAAAUGUUGGUCGACAUGAAUUACGUCGCCGGCUUUUACAAACUGAACCAAACCUAUUCGAUGUUGCCAUACCUCAUACAACACGCGCUCGUCGUUCACAAGAAACUUCUGAUAUUGAUUAUCAUUUUGUUUCUGAAGCAGAUUUCUUAGCCAAAAUUGAAUGUCAAGCAUUUGUUGAAUUUGGUCAAUAUGAUCGUGAUUUAUACGGGACAUCAUUGGACGAUAUUCGACAAAUAGUUGAAAUAAAACAAAAAAUUUGUAUAUUAAAUUUAAAUCCAGAAGCAAUACGAACAUUUAAUAGAACAGGCAUUUAUCCAUAUAUAAUAUGUAUAGCUGCACCAACAAUCGAACGUCUCAAACGUCUAGAACUCGACCGUCGAGAACAUUUAAACGAGAAAGAUUAUCGAGAAAUAAUACGAAAAAGUCGAUCGAUUGAAAGACAUCAUUAUUUAUUAUUUGAUCACAUUUUAGUCAAUAAUGAUUUAGAUCGUACUUAUCUUGAAUUACGCGAUUUAAUCGUAAGAAUACAACACGAUAAUCAACAAUGGGUACGAACAUCUUAUCAACGAUGA